AGCAAGCAAGCCUUCUCCCCAGCGAGGCGCAGUCGUAAGUAAGUUAGAGCCUCAGUGUCAGGGACCAACCCCAUACCUACCAACCCUCGGACACCUCAAGUGCAUGCUCCUGUAUCCUUGCCACUUCACUCGAUUCCAGUAACCGCACCAGCUGCAAUCAUACUUCUUUUGCAGCAGAAGUCAUCGGCUGCAUGCAUCGAUAAUCCGAGGUUGAGUGGUCCUUCGGGACAUCACUCACGAUCCACCCGCAAUCAUGGGCGACGAAAAGAACCCAUACAAACACCUGCCCAUCCCUCCUACCUACGAGGAGGCCACUUCAUCCCGUCCUGCAUCCUCCCAAUCCCGCCUUGGUCCCGAAGAGAUAAGCGACGAUGCAGAAAGGCAAGGACUCCUCCGUGGAGGCAACGCGAACUAUCAACCUCCGACCGUCGAGUCCGCGCGGCCGAGUCUCGAUUCGCUGGACGGCAUCGAGCACGAGGGCGAAGAAGAUGUUCGGCGCGAGAUGCAGCAGAUGGAUCUUGAAGAUCCACGAAGUGAAUCCUCGGAUCGCUCACUCCUACGAUACCGCCUCUCCAAGCGUUUUUCAAGUUUCACCAGUUCCUUCCCUUCCUUCAGUUUACCUUCCUUUCGCGCAUACCUCCCGAACGUCUCGUGGCCACGCAUAAACUACCAGGCGCUCGACACGAACCGAGUUGUUAUUAUCGGCCGAUUGUUUGGUGUCUUCUUGAUCAUGGGAAUAUUGUAUAUACUCAUCGCCUCGGACGUGUUGUCAUUUACAAAGAGCAGGAUGGGCAUGGGCCAGAUGUAUGACCCGGAGUCUAUAAGGAUAUUUGUACAAAAUCACAUGAAUGAUCAGGGAGAUAUGCAGAAAUAUCUGGAACACAUCACCAACUUUCCGCAUGUCGCCGGCACAGAAGGCAACUAUGUACUUGGGGAAUGGGUCAUGGAGCUGUUCAAAUCAUCGGAGCUAGAAGAAGUGAACAUGGAGAGAUUUGAUGUCUAUCUAAAUUAUCCUCGGAAAGAUGGGAGGCGAAUCGCAAUCGUCGAGCCAGAAGACCUAAAAUGGGAGGCCAAAAUUGAGGAGGACCAGGAACAGGAUUACGUCUUUCAUGGACAUUCCAAGUCGGGUGAUGUGACGGGUCCUCUACUAUACGCGAACUUUGGCUCGAAAGAAGACUUCAAAAGUCUGGAAGAUAACGGUAUCUCGGUGAAAGAUGCCAUCAUCCUUGUGCGGUAUUAUGGGUCUCAAGGGGACAGAGCGCUGAAGGUCAAAGCUGCCGAACUUGCUGGCGCCGCUGGCUGUAUCAUCUAUUCUGAUCCGAGUCAGGACGGCUUCGUCCAAGGCCCAACUUUUCCCGAUGGACGGUUCAUGCCCAGUGAUGGUGUCCAGCGAGGUGCCGUGAGCCUGAUGUCCUGGGUUGUUGGGGAUGUUCUCACUCCAGGUUGGGCAUCGACUUCCACCAACGAGGAGCGUCUGAAACCUGAAGACAGCCCUGGACUUAACAAGAUCCCUUCCAUUCCGAUUUCCUGGAAUGACGCGCAGCACCUGCUGGGAGCAAUCAAGGGGAAGGGAAAGCAGAUGACCGAGACGUGGAAAGGCGUACCUGACACGGAGUACUGGACGGGAAGUUCAGACUCGCCCAAAGUCAAUCUCCAAAAUCUUCAAGACGAAGAGGUCAAGCAACCCAUAUACAACGUUCUUGGCAAAAUCAGUGGCUGGGAACAAGGAUCGAAACGCAUCAUUGUUGGAAAUCACCGUGAUGCGUGGUGUACUGGGGCAGCUGACCCUGGUAGCGGAACUGCGGUUAUGCUCGAGGUCGUUCGUAUCUUCGGAGAGUUACGAGCACUAGGCUGGCGACCACUUCGAAGUAUUGAAUUCGCAAGUUGGGACGGCGAAGAGUACAACCUGAUCGGCAGCACCGAACAUGUGGAGAAUCGCGAAGCUGAGCUUCGUGCUGAUGGCGUCGCGUACCUCAACGUUGAUGUGGGCGUUACAGGCGUCGAUUUCCACGCAGCUGCUUCACCUAUGUUCGAGCAAAUGCUUCUGCAUGUUCUGGACCGUGUAGGCGACCCAGCCACGGGCACAUCGAUCGGCGAAAUCUGGAAAAACAAUCAGAAAGGUCUCGAAGGGCUUGGUGCUGGAAGCGAUUAUGUCGCGUUCCAGGACAUCGUCGGUGUGUCGUCGAUCGACAUGUCUUUCAAGGGACAGAAAUUCCCAUAUCACAGCUGCUACGACAAUUUCGAAUGGAUGUCCAAAUAUGGCGAUCCCGAGUGGACGUAUCACAAGGCCAUGGGCGAGAUAUGGGCGCUCAUGAUUCUGGAGUUGGCGGAUCGACCGAUGCUGCCAUUCGACCUGAGCGCGUACUCCACUGCCGUGGCCAAGUAUAUCGACGAUCUGCAGAUUUAUGCAAAGUCAGCACCUACAGCCAGCGACCACAACACUCUAGAUCUGAGUCCUUUACGCACUUCUUCGGACUAUCUAUCCGAACAGGCGAAGACUUUCCACAACUUCGAUGCCAACUGGCGUGACUUUGUGUUCGGAUCGGGCGGCUUUGAGAGUUCUGCGAUGGCCACCGCUCGUCAUGAGCACAAUGAGCGCAUGAUGCACUUUGAGACGGAUCUCUUGGAUCUAAGUGAGGGCGGUGGACUGGUCAAUCGCACGCAGUUCAAGCAUGUCAUUUUUGCGCCUCAGGCCUGGUCGGGUUAUGAUGAGGCGUACUUCCCUGGCAUUCGUGACGCUGUUGAUGCUGGGGAUUGGGCUGAAGCUCAACAUCAGGUUGAGAAAGUCGCUGGCAUUCUUAUGGAUGCUGCGAAAAAACUGAAUGCCUAAAUGUACUUGACUAUUGCACAAAUUAUGGUUAUGGAGGCCGCACAUAUUCGAGUGUUGGCGUUGGGGCGAAGCUCAAUCUUGGGCACGUUGCAGAUCUUCCACGUUGAGAUCUAAGGGAUCAAGCACGGCGCACGAGGUGUUGAUGCAUUAUGGAUGUUGAUGAGUACAGUGCGUCCAGCUGAUAGACAGACCGGACAGGGGUCUGUUGUCGAUAACUGUUAUCUGAAUAUACUGCCAUUUCUCUGCAUCUAAGCCAGCAAUGUCUUAACAUUUGACCAUUGGUGUCUACCACUCCUUCAUCACGCCAUAGUCUGAGCAAUAUCUAGU